AUGCGUUCCCUUGGCCUGUGUAGUUUGAUGUUGCAUGUGAUCUUUGUUUGUUCCACGGAGUUGACGUUUGAGUUACCUGAUAACGACAAGCAAUGUUUCUAUGAAGAGCUCCAGAAUGGCGUGAAGUUUGACCUAGACUUUCAAGUAAGUGAUCCAGAUUUGGAGUUCUGAUGCCAUUUCCCCAUAUGGUUCAGUUAGUGCAUUGAACUACUGUAUAUCUGUUCCCGUGCUCUAAUUGUCCCUUCACACUCACUGGAAGAAUGAACUCUCUUACAACAAAACAUGUGCAUUUUUGAAACUGCAGUAAAAGUGCAGUAACUGCAGUCGACUGUGGUAUUUUGGCCGCAGUAAUUUCAGAAUAACUGCAGUUAUACAGCACUCUAACUAGUGUACUGCAGUUAUACUGCACUCUAACUAGUGUACUGCAGUUAUACAGCACUCUAACUAGUGUACUGCAGUUAUACUGCACUCUAACUAGUGUACUGCAGUUAUACUGCACUCUAACUAGUGUGCUGCAGUUAUACUGCACUCUAACUAGUGUACUGCAGUUAUACUGCACUCUAACUGACUGCAAUCUUUUUUCGUAAGGGCUGAAUUACUCUAAAUGUGUUUCCAUACCAUCAUCCUCAUCGCUCCAUGUUGUGUAUUCCAGGUGAUUGCAGGAGGGAACUAUGAUGUGGACUGCUUUGUAACAGAUCCAGUGAACAACGUCCUGUAUCAGGAGAGGAAGAAGCAGUAUGAUAGCUUCUCUCACACCACCACUAUGAAAGGAACCUACAAGGUCUGCUUCAGCAAUGAGUUCUCUACCUUCUCCCACAAGACCGUCUACCUGGACUUCAGGGCCGGAGAGGAGAGACCCCUACUGCCUGACAUGAACAGAGACACUGCCCUGACACAGGUAAAACAAUAUUAUAAUUAUAUUACACUUACAUUAUAAUACAUAUGCAUUUGACGGACACAGGUAAGAUCAACCCUAACCCUGACACAGGUAAGAUCAUAAUAUAAUACUAUAUCCAGUGCAUUCAGAAAGUAUUCAGACCCCUUGACUUUUUCCACAUUUUGUUACGUUCCACCUUAUUCUAAAAUUGAUGGAAUUGUUUUUUUCCACCUCAAUCUACACACACUACCCCAUCAUUUCAAAGCAAAAACUGUUUUAAUUUUUUUUGCAAAUGUAUUCAAAAGAAAACACUGAAAUAACACAUUUACAUAAGUAUUCAGACCCUUUACUCAGUACUUUGUUGAAGCACCUUUGACAGCGAUUACAGCAUUGAUUCUUCUUGGGUGUGAUGCUACAAGCUUGGCUUAGAUCUCUGUAGGCUCUCUGGUAGUAGAUCUCUGGUAGUAGAUCUCUAUAGGCUCUCUGGUAGUAGAUCUCUGUAGGCUCUCUGGUAGUAGAUCUCUGUAGGCUCUCUGGUAGUAGAUCUCUGUAGGCUCUCUGGUAGUAGAUCUCUGUAGGCUCUCUGGUAGUAGAUCUCUGUAGGCUCUCUGGUAGUAGAUCUCUGUAGGCUAAUAAAAACCCAAUCCUUUCAAAUCUCCACCAGAGCCAUUAGUGGUUGUUUCUAGACGGGGCCAUGAUGCUUUGUUGUUGUUUGUACUGCAGAUUGCCCCUUUUAAGGAUGUAUUAAUAAUAUAAUAUGAAUCUUGUCUCUCUGUCCGCCAGAUGGAGUCAGCCUGUCUGUCCAUCCAUGAGAUCCUGAAGGUGGUGUCUGACUCUCAGACCUGGUAUCGGUUACGGGAGGCUCAUGACCGCAUCCGAGCCGAGGACCUCCAUGAGCGCGUGUCCUAUUGGUCGAUGGGAGAAACCAUGAUCCUAUUCACUGUCAGCAUCGGACAGGUUCUCAUCCUCAGGAGCUUCUUCAGCGACAAGAAGGGCAGUGUUGCAGCCAACACAUAG